GUGUGUGUGUGUGUGUGUGAUCAGGAUAUAUAUUUGAUUCUCUCUCUCUCUCUCUCCUCCACUCCCGUUACUUCAGAGCGCCGGAGGUGAAAUUCGUCUUUACCUGUCCGGGUUGCACACCUGAGCGGACUCACCUGUCCGCCGAAAACACACACACACACACACACACACGCACACACACACUUCCCUUUGCUUUUUUUUGUCAAAGAGAAUCGGCUGAGGAGGAAGAGAAAAAAAAGGAGAUUAAAAGCGGCCCCGAGCUCGCGGAAAGAGACGAAAGGUGUAAGGAGGAAGGAGAGCAGGGGACCGACACCUUCCAUUUUUUUUUUUUUUUUUUUCAACUUUGGAGUUUCCUGCUUUUGUAACUUUUUUUCAUUGACUUUCACGUCGCGGACACGCGGACUUCUCCACCGACCUCCUAAAAUACAAGACGUACAUAAGAGGCACCGAGCGGCCGUUCAUCAUGCCGAGGACGUUUCUGGUGAAAAAGGCGAAUAUUUCGCCUGGAAAGCGGAACUGGAGCGAGCUCCCGGAGCGAGGCGACGUCUACGUCCCAGUCUCCGUCUACCCGUCGCCGGUCCUGAUGAUGGAGGCCGAGGCCAGCCCCGCCGAGGCGACCCCGCUCUGCCUCACCAAGCCGUCUCUCUCCGACACGCAGACGCACGCCGAGCUGCCGUCCAGCACCACGCUGGGCCGGCCGCAGAGCCCGGCGCCGGCGUGGAGGUCGGACGUGAGGUCGGACGUGAGGUCGGACGUGAGGUCGGACGUGAGGUCGGACGUGAGGAGGAGGGCGCACGGCGGCUCGACAUACGUCCGGUCCAAAAUCAAGGUGACCACAGGUGAUUUACGGCCCAGUCCCUCUCCGGUUCCUCUCUCUCUGCCUCCCAUCCCCACCUUGUCCUACCUGACGCCGAACGCCACCGAGACGCCGGUCGCCUUGACGGCGACCCCUGACCCCGCGGAAGCGGUCUCCAUGGUGACCAGAUCAACGGGUCAAAGUCAGAGUUUGUUGUCGGGGGUGACGGGACCCACGGGGGCGUAUGUGUGCCAGGUUUGCCAGAAGACCUUCUCGUACCAGCGGAUGUUGAACCGACACCUCAAGUGUCACAAUGACACCAAGAGACACCUGUGCACCUUCUGCAACAAGGGCUUCAACGACACCUUCGACCUCAAGAGGCACGUGCGCACGCAUACAGGCGUCCGCCCCUACAAGUGCACGCUCUGCGAAAAGGCCUUCACCCAGCGCUGCUCCCUGGAGUCCCACAUGAAGAAGAUCCACAGCGUCACCCAGAAGUACGCCUACAAGGAGCGACGCAACAAGCUGUACGUGUGCGAGGAGUGCGGCCUCACGGCGGGCACUCAGGACGAGCUGCUGAUCCACCUCCACUCGCUGCACCCCGACAGCGCCCUGCUGAAGGGGAAGGCGGCGAGGAGAUCCGGAGGAGGACGGGAGGAGGACGGGGAGGGGUCGUCACCGGGCUCUCCUCAAGGAGCCGACAGCGACGACACCACUGGGUCGGCAGGCCAGUGAGAGAGGAGAGGACUUAAGGACUUAUCAGUGAAGAAAGGAUACGACAUACCUGGUUACAUAGCAGUGGGGAAAGGAAAUGUAUGUAUAUGUGUGAAUGUACGCGUGUAUGGAUUUUGGGUCUCUCUAUAUAUCACAGACUUUAAAUGAAACGAUGCACCAAAAAAAAGAAAAAGGCCAAGUCUGACUACUUUUUUUUUUUUUUUUACACGGGAUUGUGGCGUGAGCUCAUUGACAUGUCGGACAAUACCACUUUUUUUUUUUUUCCUUCCUUUUUUUCUUUAUCUGUAUUGUAACGUGUAAAUAUUUCCAGUGGGCGUCUUUUGUACAGCGAAAGGAAAAAAAAAAAAAAAAAAAAGAUUUUCUAUGAAAGAAGUACUUUGUUCAUUAAAGGGAGUAAUAUAUUACAAGAGAAAUGAUUUUCUUUCUUUUUCAAAGUUGUGUGCUUUUAAUAUAUAUUGUGUGCUAAAAUAUAUAUUGCUGGAUCUAUUGUUAAAAAUAACAAUAGAAUCGAUUUUCCAAUCAAAUCAACGGAGCAGGAUGGUCAGAGCGGCGGCCAUGUUUUCUGUACACUGUUGACAUUGCAACUGUUUUAGUGGGUUAAUA